AUGGCUACUUCAGCGCAAUCUCAGCAGAUGGCUGGCUCAGAUGCGCAGGCUGACACUUGGGAGAAGUCCAAAGCCGCGUUUCAAUCGAAACGCAGCUCCGAGUACUACGACCCUUGCCAGGACUUCGCAAACAAGAGUAUAAAGUGCAUGCACCGGAACAACGGGGACAGGGACAUGUGUCAGGACUACUUCAAAGCUUAUCGCGAUUGCAAGAAAGAAUGGAUGGCGAGACGGAAAGCAGAGAAAGGAUCAUGGUUCUCCUAA